UUUCGGCCCACGAACUGCUUCUCCUGAAUUUUUUUUUUGUCUGAGAUGCAGUACACAGUAUGCCUUAUCCCGAACGGCGAAAGAGUGCCGGCAUCCAAGUGAAGACUGCAGGGAUCAUGACAGGUCUCGUAAAACGAUAACCCCGCAAGCAUUGGCUGUCUAUAUAGCGAGUUAACUCGUACUCGUCUCAACAAGCUUCUGUUUUCCAUCUAAAAGAAGCAGACGAAGGAUUUUAUUCUGCGUUUGGAACAGAACUCCUUUCUACUUUACGAUGACGCACUCGCACCAUCGAAGGAACCAUCGUGAUUGCAUCGUGCAUCCUACACCCUUGAAACCUCACACCUUAUCAAACGGAAGUCCGCGACAGGUAGACACUCCAAGCAGUGCUGACUUCAAGUCUUGCUCAUGUUCAUUUUGCUGUUCUUCCCAAGAACACUCACAGACAGGAGACCCAUCACCUGGGAUGAACUGGAGGGAUGCUAAAGUUGAUACAAUUGGCUUAAUGAAAUCAUACUCUUGCGGACUUGUUGACGGUGCAGGGCUUUUGAAAGGCUUGUAGGAGAUUUGGGAAUAUGUUCUUUAGGGCUCUCAUGGAGUGUUCAUCAUUUACUGGGUCGCUGAGUGGAGAGUUGCAAAGUCCAUGCAUCGCGUCAAGACAUUGUGUAUUUACCCUAGUGACCCUCACAAGUCAGGGCACGGGGUUAGGGCUUGAUUCCUUGUAGGAAUAACACAAGUACCAACAUUUCUUUCUUUUCUCCCUGGCUUUUUCCCUUUUCAACUCUCUUCUUCUGAGCUAGCUUAGCUGUGGCCUCCUGAUACCUCUCUUGUACCAUCUGUUGAAUCCUCUUACUCUCGAUUCCAAGCCAGUUCUGCUACAAAAGUAAAAAGAUGGCCCAUCGGACCCAACUAGUUGAGAUGUAUGGGGAUCUCAGUAAUGUCGACCCUCAGCUUGUUGCCACCCUUGAGAAAACGCAUGCUGAGGAUCCGGACUACCGUGAGCUGGUGAUACCAGAGUUGACAACAACUGAUCCAGAGGAAGGCAUCUACAUUAUCUGUCGUUGUGCCUGGUCUCUCCACUUGCAGUUUGGACCUUGCGGGCAUGUGUUCUGCGCCGAGUGUCUGUGGACGGUUCUAUACUCUGGCAAAUCAUGCCAACCCUCCAUGCGUGCUUUGCCGCUCUACGAACUGCGACUUCAGAUACAAACCAGGAUUACAGACCAUCUCAACUGACCAAUCCGAUUUUGACCGUGUAAGAAUCUGCCUCAUUAUAUUCUUCAUGAAACUGCAGCUCCUCCAUGGUGCAUGGUUCAACUGGAAUAUUAAAUCUGACAAGUAUAAGGUGUUUGACGUGGAUGGGAAUUCAGAUGUGGAGAACAUUCAGGGGAUUGAUAUGGUGACUUUGCCUCAGCUUCAGGGAGAGGAAGACUACUGGGCGGCCAGACCUAGAAUACCUUGUGAUGGUGCUCUGUUCUGAUGUUCCCGUAAUCUGAAGCACAUUACUGCAAGAAUGUUGGAAUUCUGGGGUAGGCGGAGAUUUGUUCGUGAUCGUGUGGUUUCCUGACUCUCUCCCCUCUCUUUGAGCCAAUGGCCGCCUUGGUUUGACUCGCGUUCAUCACUCUUGUCUCAGUAACUUCCACCACAACCCAACGGGUCCAUAGGCACGAAACUCAUGAGUAAGUGACUGGCUGGGGUCAGCAUCACGGCAAUGUUUGGUCACUCCGAGUGUUUGAUGCUGCUACGCUGCAGGACUCCGUUCCACUGCAUGCUAACUGUGCCGUAUGCCUGGACAACCUGGCCUUGGCACCCAAUUAGAAACUUGCGUGGGAGGUUAGAAACUACAUCAUUCUGAAAGAUGCAAUCUCUAAGCAACAUUAUCCCAUCUCUCAGCCUUCUUAUAUAGAAAGAGUAUUUUUCUGUUGUUCAGUUUUGCUAUUCUUGGUAAGCCAUCAACGCAGGUACGACGGCGGGUCAGAAAAAUAUAACUACGCUUGAAUACCAUCCAUAGAACCGCAUGAAGUGGGUUCAACUCGCUCUGUGAACUCAAUAUUGUUGU